GUGGGACGGUGGUUAUAACAUGGAAGAUGACGAGGUCUCCGAUAACUGGGAGGACGCGGCGGAUAGCGGUGAAAUAGAGAGAAGAUUGGAGGCUCAGUUGAAAAUCAAUGAAAAAGCAAAGAAGUCCAGUGGCACAGGCAGUAGCUCUCCUGUGAGGACAGCCAUGGUUAUUCAGGACGAGUCCCUGCCCGCGGCACCCCCUCCUCAGAUCCGCAUCCUCAAGCGCCCCUCCAGCAACGGUUCCCUUGGCAACGCGGCAGCCCAGAACCGGCCUGCCGUGCAGGUGAAGUCGCUCGCCCAGAGAGAGGCAGAGUACGCAGAGGCCAGGCAGAGGAUUCUAGGAAGCGCCAGCUCUGAAGAGUCCGCCUCAGAAAAAACAGAAAAACCCAGCAACGACAGGUCAACACGUGUCACUUCCCCAUCGUCAUCCGAACAAAGCAGACAGAACAAUCACGCCAUUCGCCAACCGACCGGUCCUGACGGCUCACAGGGAUUCCGCCAGUGCAGAUAAAGAGUUAAGGAGAGGGGAGAGAGGGGUCCGUCCUGCUCUCCAGGUGGAGGGGGUAGAGAGGGGGGGCGCAAGAGGGUUAGACUGUGGGUUGGAGGGGUUGCAGUGGAACAGCACAUGUGCUGAUGUCAAGCAAAACAUAACAACAACAACAAUGGUGUUUCUGAAAAUUGCCAAGAGCAUUUGAGAUGCCAUGGUUUGUUUCAGUUGUGUGAGGUUCUUCCUUACUGCUCUCACUCCUGCCUCCACUCCCGGUCACUCUCACCAGUGUGGGUGCGCCUGUGCCCUGAACACACGGCCACAGCACCCCACACCCAACAGAGAGGGACAGUCGUGAUGCUGUUUUGCUGAAGUGUGUCAUCUAGGAGUGUUUUGUGACCACAGUACUACAGCCCACACUGUGACUCUGGUCUCUGACUCACCCCAAGGUUCCCCUCAAGACUUGCCCACACUGAAGGUACUUCCACUGGGCCAAGCCCCAAGCCCCCCUGCCCCCUGCUCCGCUCCAUUCUGCUCCAGUCCACAGUGCCACUGGAGAACCCCCUCGGAGGAGUGGAGCACCAGCUUGGGCUGGACGAGUGAACGCCGUGGGACAGACGGGUACAGAAGCAGGUGGAUAACACAAGGAAAAGGCAAUGUCAGCAAUGUCCAAGGGUAAUGUCCACGUUGCGGGACAUGUCUUGUCAUCAUGCAACAUGGACAAACUCUUGAUUCGUAGUCUGGUAGAGAGAAGUCUGAACGUUUGAUAUCCUUUUGUUUAGUUUAAAAUAUGUGACGCAGAAUGUUGUCGUGACCAUGUGUUGGUCUUUCAGAUUCACUGCACACAUUGUUGUGCCAUGUAUUAGCCUAUUAUGACCUAACUCGUCUAAAAAAUCUAACCGAAUAUAACACUGUUAGAUUUACAUGUGCAUAGAUGCUGCGGCCCCCUUUAAAGGUUGUUUUGCACAGAUGCUGAUCCCGGUCUUAAUGGGUUAAACUAAAUGGAAGGAUUUCAAUUGUGUGGCCUUCUCUCGACCAGACGAAGGUGUAUGGACUGCACAGGUGAAGCCUCGGCCCAUCCAGGAUCUGUUGGCCAGUGGCAUGACAGCUACGUAGUAGUACAGUAGGAGUGCAGUGUGGUGGUAGGCUUAAACUCAGAUUAGCAAUAAAACACACACACACACACACACACACAUAGACAUGUCUCUCCUGGGGAGUAUACCAAGAAUCCGGCUCAGUAGUGAAUCAGGUUAAGUUAACCUUGGGCGUGUUCAGGCUGACAAAGAACCGUGGCGGUGCCCGUUCCCACACCUAAUCUUGUUCACGUCGGAAUUCCGAGUGUUUGGGAACCGGAAAGUUUGUUUGAGAUGGGAACCAAAAAAUGCUUGUUUUUUGUCUGCGAACCAUGACGACAAUGUGGACGUCAGCAGUUUCAUUCGAGUAACAAAUGGUCACAUACAGAAAAGUUCAGAACCAGGACCCCGUUUCUCAAGUGUCAUUGCUAACCAGUUAGCAACUUAGUAAAUUGCAUUGCAACCAAGUAAGUUGCUAACUUAGUUAGCAACGACGCUGUCGAGAAACGCACCCCUGGUAUGAACGUGGGAGGUUCGCAGGUUAGGACUUAAAUUCUAAACGUAACUAGUGUGGUAACAGGCACUGGCACUGUUCUGGUCGACCUGAAAUCAGUACUUGAGGUAGUGGUAAAUCAUCUAAUAGAGAAGCCUGGAGUUCUUGUUUUCUUAAACUGAAUGACACCUGUGGGCUAUCUAUUAGGUUUACCACUUCCUGUACGUUAACUUGGCCAAAUAUUAUCACUUAUUCUUGGGAUUUCCAUCUGGACUAUUUCUACCCCUGCUAGUAUGACCCAUAUUUCAGUAUUUGGACUGGCUCAUUUUUUUGUGGUUUUUCUUUGGUUUUUGAUUUUUU